CCUGUUGGAAGUCAAGAAGACUCUCACACAACUCGUCUGAUCUACACAACUUCACCAGGUUGGAGAAAUGGCCUCAGAUACUAAGACCGUUGCUGCCCUGGGUCGACCUUUCACCCUGGGAAUGCUCUAUGAUGCUCGGAGAGAUGAGCUGAUCCCAGGUUUGACAUUGUGGGAUGAUAAAACUCUACAAGGGAAGAUAACUGAAAUCUCUCAGCGCACCAGUGCAUUUGAAAUUUCUACAUCUGACUCCACUGAAUCCAAGUGCACUCUGCUGGAUGUUGAACCUUCUAUGAAGGCCAGUUUCCUGUGUGGACAGAUUGAAGUUGGAGGAUCUGCCAAGUAUCUGAAUGAUAAGAAGAAAUUCUACAAUCAGAGCAGAGUGACGUGUCAGUACAAAGCUACCACCAACUUCACGCAGUUAAUUAUUGAACAUCUAACCAUGGAAACCCAACAGAUGGAUGUCAUUAAGAAGAGCUCAGCAACACAUGUAGUCACAGGCAUCCUUUAUGGGGCAAAUGCUUUCUUUGUGUUUGACAGUGAGAAGUUUGAGGCCAGCAGUGUUCAGGACAUCCAGGACAGAAUGCGUGCUGCGAUAACGAUGAUCCCCUAUUUUGAAUUUAAAAAAAUUGAGGCGAAAACUGAGCUCAAGUUGACUAAUGAAGAAAAAGACCUGACCAAUAAAUUAUCCUGCAAAUUCCACGGAGACUUAAUUCUUGAAAGCAACCCUUCAACAUUUCAAGAUGCAGUGAAGACCUACGAGCAACUCCCAAAGCUACUGGGAGAAAAAGGAGAGAAGGCUGUUCCAGUGAAGGUCUGGCUGAUGCCGCUGAAAAAUUUGGACCCUGAAGCUGCUGAGCUGACGAGGGAGAUCAGCGACGGACUAGUUAGGAAGGCCCAGGAUAAUCUAGAAGAUUUAAGGGAAAUAGAAAUGAGAUGCAACGAUUCUCUAGAAGACAAAGUGGUAAAGAAUGUUUCUGUGAUUCGAGAAGAGUUGAGCACUCUCCAAAAAUUAUGUGGUAAUUAUGCAUCUAACCUCCAGCAGGCCUUGGCAAAGAAUCUUUCCUCCAUCCGUGAAGGUAAAGAAGAUGAGAUCUCACUGUACCAACUCUUUGAAGACAGAGACAAGUCACCAUUCAGUCAGGAAAAACUAACCCAGUGGCUGGAUCGUAAAGAGAGAGAAAUCAAUGUCAUCAGAUCCUGUGUAGAUACCAUGGAGGGAACAAAGAUCGUCCCAAAUCAGUCAGAACUGGACAGACAGGUUCUUGCUCCAGGUGUAGAAGAUGCUCUGUGCUUUGUUUUCACUUCAGUGGAAAGGGGUGAUACCGACCUUGAUGUGAUGGCCGACUACUUGGGCGUUCAAAAAUUAGGAAGUACCAUUGAAGAUCCAUGGUACUACUCAGAUGAAGUUUUUAGUAAUAUGAGAGAAAAAACCAAAGCUUUCCAUAACUUUGCCAAAGCACAGAAGAACAACAGUCGAUUCCGUUUCCUCAUAGCAGUCAUUGCAAACAAGAACUACACAGGAGCAACCAUCUACCAUUACAAGAGCGGCAAUUUGGUCAGUGAAGAUGUUUCAAACCUUGAACUCCCUCCUGUGGAGAAAAUCACAGACAGAAGAGAUCUGAUCUGGUAUGCCUGUGAUCUCAAUCUGGACCCAAACACUGUUAACUGCCUGCUCACUCUGUCUGAGGGAAACAAGAAGGCAACAUGUGGCGCGAAGCAGUACUAUCCUGAUCACCCAGACAGGUUUGAUACACAUCCUCAGGUGUUGUGCAAAGAAAGCUUAUCUGGGCAACAUUACUGGGAGGUGGAGUGGAGUCAGAGUUCUAAACAAUCUGUUUAUGUUGCCGUUGCAUACUGUAAAAUUGACAGAAAAUCGCACCGUUCAGAUGGCAAGCUUGGACAUAAUGUAGUUUCGUGGACUUUAGGCCAGAAAUCAACUGUCCCCUCACGCUUAAUCAGAGCAUAUCAUAAUGGAAAGAAAGUGAAGGAAAUUUCUUUCCCCUCUGGCUGUAACAUAGUUGGGGUGUAUCUGGACUGGCCUGCUGGAACUCUGUCCUUCUACAGAGUCUCCUCUAACACGCUGACGCACCUCUACACCUUUCGCACCACAUUCACUGAACCUGUUUACCCAGGAUUCAAGGUUUAUCACAAAGCCAACUUUGCGUACCUGCGUCCAGUUGAACAAAAUCAAGAGCAAUGA